AUUCCUUCCUUCAAAGGUCAAUUCAAAGGCUAAUCUCCUCCCUCAUUCUAGAAAUAUUAUUUGCAACAAAUAGAGAAAUUACAGAAUUAGAAAGAUAUCCAUUAUUAAAGAGAAAACAGGUCGAUCUAUAUUUCAUGGAAGGUUCUAACUGAUGGUCGCGUCCACAUGCAGAGCUGGAAGGGAAAAAAAAGUCGGGGAGGGAGCAAGCAUUUAGGAAGCAUCUACUAAUUUAAUUAAUAAACAUUUAUUAUAAGCCCGCUAAGUGAGAGGUUUUAUGCAAAGUGCUUCACAAAUAUUAUAUGGAAAAAGGCAGGGACUGCGGAGGUCAUUGAGUCUAACUCCUUUCUAGUAUUUUACAAAUGAGGAAACUGAUGCUAAGGUCAAGUGAGUUACCGAAUGGAAACAGACAGUAACUGUCAUAGGUGAAAUGUGAAUUCAGACCCUCUGAUUCCAAGUCACUAAGUCAAUAUAAGUCGGCGGCUCCGGGAAGAUGCAAAUAUCUGGACUGAUAUUGUGGUACUGGCUCCACUCUCCAGUCCCAUUCUUAGGGACCCGGACUCCUGAAUCCCGCUGCUGGGAACUGUCCGCGCCAUUAGGAGAUAACAGUUAAAAAAAAAAAAAAAAAAAAAAGCCCGGGUCCUGAAUCCAAUCAGGCUCCCCUUUCUUCAACUUUGGUCUGGGGUGUGAGGAGAACGGAGAGGCGCGGGCGGGACCCAAUCCUUGCUCAUUAACCCUGUGUUCCGCCGGGCGGGGCUUACUAAGCGCCAAAAGCACUGACCCCAGCAUCGCAGCUCUUUCACUUUCUCUUUACUCUAGAGCGAAGUGUUCUGAGACUGGUCGGAAUCGGAGAGCUGCAGGAAAAGCCUGGGAUCCCGGGGAGGGGAAAGAUGGGGAAAAGGAUGGAUGGUGUUUGAGGCAGCGGGCGCCGGGAGGACUAAAUGGGAAACCGGAAGUGAAGCCCGAGGCCAUUCCUGUCACUGAAGAAGAAACAAGUUGUAGGUGGUCGCGUGACGGCACCUAUGUCCCCCAAGGACACACACAACGUCCCAAAGGAGGGUCCGGCUGAAGCCGUAACACAGAAAAGGACCGAGGGGGGGCGGGAUGGCCGAGGGUACCCGCUGCCGAUUGGUUCGGUACUUGGAGGAGCUGACACCGGAGGAGCUGAAGAAAUUCAAGCUGUACCUAAAGGAUGAGCCCUCCGAGCGCAUCCCCCGGGGCAGAGUGGAGGGGGCGGACAGAGUGGAUCUGGCAGAGCUCUUGGUCAGUACUUUUGGGAAAUGGAAGGCUUGGAAUCUGACUAAGAGAUUCUCGAAGAAGAUGGGCCUGUGGGAGCAGUGGGAGCGAGCCAAGAAAGAAGGACUGAAGGAUCCUACAGAAGGGCCAAGACUGAAAACAAAUCCAAGAAACAAGAAAAAGCAUCAAGAAGGGAAAGAUGAAAGAAACAAGUACCAAAAACGAAUGAAAGAGAAAUUCCAGCUCAUGAAGGAGAGGAAUUCUCGUCCUGGGGAGCAUGAGCUCUUUCACCACCGAUUCACACAGCUGCUGCUUCUUCGAGAAUAUCGUGACAGGGAGCAGAAGCAUCAUGAGCUCCUUGUCCAUGGAGGGGAACAUGAUAAGGUCAUGCAGGAGCGAGGGCAGGUUAUAGAGACAGUAGCUUUAUUUGAUCCUUUUAAGGAGACAGGUGUCCAACCCCACACUGUUGUGCUGCAGGGGGCUGCUGGUAUUGGGAAGACCACCCUGGCCAGCAAGGUGAUGUUGGACUGGGCAGAGGGAAACCUCUUCCAGGACAGGUUCGACUAUGUUUUCUAUCUCACCUGCAGAGAACUGAACCCAUUAGGAGAGAGAGAAAUCAGUUUUGCUGAUUUAAUUGCCAGUGACUGGCCUGGCCCAAAGGCUCCCAUGGCAGAGAUCAUGUCCCAUCCAGAGAGACUUCUGUUCAUCAUUGAUGGUUUAGAUGAACUGAAAUUCCCCUGUAAUGAGCACAGAUAUGAUCUAUGCAAAGACUGGAAGCAGAAGGAGCCAGUAUCCAUCCUGCUGAGCAGCUUACUGAGGAAAACCUUGCUCCCCGAUGCCUGCUUGCUGCUCACAACAAGACUCACGGCUCUGGGGAAAUUUUGUCCUUUGUUAGAGAGUCCACGCCAUGUGGAGAUCCUGGGCUUCUCAGUACAGCACAGGGAGGAGUAUUUCUGCAAAUUUUUCAGAGAUAAAGAUUUGGGUGAAAAAGCCUUUCAUUUAGUAAAAGGCAAUGGCACACUAUUCACUAUGUGCUGUGUUCCCCUGAUGAACUGGAUUGUCUGCACUUGCCUGAAACAGCAGAUGGAGAAGGUUCAAGAUCCUGUCCAGGCUUUGAAAACCACCACUGCCCUCUACAUGUGUUAUCUUUCCAAUUUAAUCAUCCCUGAUGACAAGAACUUCAUCCCUCAGCACUUGAGGGGUCUGUGUCGCUUGGCUGCUGAGGGGAUCUGGGACAGGAAAGUGCUGUUUGAGGAGGAAGACCUCAAGAGGAAUAACUUGGAGGCAGCUGAUGUGUCUGCCUUCUUAGACAUGAAUGUUUUCCAGAAAGACAGUGGCUGUGAAAACUGCUACAGCUUCAUUCACUUGAGCUUCCAAGAGUUUUUUGCUGCCAUGUUCUAUGUGAUGAGCACAGAGGAAGAAGGGAUGAAGAGUUCUGACGCCUCUGUCCCAGGUGUCAGAGAACUUCUGGAGGAGUGUAGUGGGCUUAAUGCCAGCUUUGUGGUUCUGGUGGUCCGCUUCCUGUUUGGCUUCCUAAACGUAGAGACAGCAAGGGAGCUGGAGAGAAAAUUCAGAUGCAGACUGUCACCGGAAAUCAAGUCACAGUUACUGCAGUGGGCUAAAGCAGAAAAUGAAAGAAAUGUACAGGACUGUCAUUGGGACAUUUUUCUUUCAGAAUUUUAUUCUCACUUAUAUGAGACUCAAGAUUCUGAAUUUGUAACACAGGUGCUAGGGAACAUCCACGAAAUCAAAAUAGAAAUUUACAACGAGUAUGAUGCCCUGAAUGUAACUUUCUGCAUUAAGCACUGUUAUAGGGCAAGAAAAAUAUACUUUGCUUCUGAGUUUGAUUUACCUGCCAGCGUUUGGCAAGAGCUUUUCUCCGUGGUCAACAAGAAUCCGAACCUGAAGGAGUUAAUGCUGGACAGCUUUGAAUUUGAUGACUCAUGCAUGGAAAACCUUUGUAAGGAAUUAAACCAUCCAAACUGUAAACUGGAAAAACUGGCGUAAGUCUAAAUUGGCCCCAUGUCUGGGGUAACUACCAAUGUGUGAGUGGGAAACAUGAGGUAAAGAACUGAGGUGUGAAAAAGAAAGAUCUUAGGAGGAAAAGAAAGGAUAGACCUGAAUCUAAAUGAGUAAGAAAAUAGGACAAUGAAAAGUAGAGAGGAAAAAAAGAGGGAAAAUGGAUAUCUACCCUUACUACUACUAAUUAAUAUUAGAAAUAGUAGUUAUAACAACAACCAAAAAAAGAGAAUGAAAUUAAAGGUACAAUAGUAGCAAAAAGAAAAAAAGACACUUGAAAUUAUCUCAUUUAUUGAUGACAUGAUGGUAUCCUAUGAAACCCUCAAAGUCAAUGAAGAAACUAAUAAUAGAAUCAUACAUUUGGAAUUGGAAAAGAGAACAAGAUGAUACAUACAUACAUAUAUAUAUA